AUGGAGCAUGUGUUAAGGAAAACCAAGGAGAGGCUAGGUGCCCUGUAUGGAAAGAACAGCCAGUUCAAGGUUGAUUUCCACCGGAUUAUGAAUCAGAUGCUCACAAAGGAGGAGUUCGAGGGUGCAUGGAUUCAGAUGCUAAAAGAGAGCUUCCAGGAGAAGAGGACUCGUUUGGGUGGAGUGGUUUACAAAGUUGGCGAACCCAUGGAGAAGCACACCGCAAACAUAUAUACCCGAACUAUGUUCGAGAAGUUCCAGGAAGUCCUGUAUAAGUCUGGGUCAUACUACGUCGACGAAUUGGUGCCAGGAGAGAUAUACGUGCCAAAACAUUUCAAUGGCGAGAGCCUAGAGAAGUGGUGCAAGGUGGAGUACAAGGUGUCGGUCAAGGAUGGCUAUUAUGCGCGCGAGUGUGGUAUGUACGAGCACAUGGGGAUGCUCUGCUGCCAUGUUGUUAAGGUGCUGACGCUGAUCGCUGUCUUUGUACUAGUCCACCUCAGGUGCACAGAGAUCCCUGCCCCACAUGUGAUGAAGAGAUGGAUAGUGGACGCGCGGGAUGUUUUGCCGCUCCACAUGGUGCAGUACCAGAAGGACCAGGGGCUGAUGACAUCUUUCAGCUUCAGGCAUUCGCAGCUAUACCUCAACUGCAUGGAGGUGGUGAGGCUAGGGGAUGUAAACAUUGAUACCUACACCACGGCAAUGGAGUGCAUAAAGGUCCUGGUGCCGAAGCUUAAGCUUAUCGCGGUCGAGAUGGAUGGCUUAGGGCUAGAGCAGAGGCUCAGCGCGAAGAAAGCUCGAGUGGAUAUUGGUCCUGCUCAAUUACUCGUGGAGCAAACCGCCGGUUCGAAGGACUGCGGUGUAGCAAUCAUCCUGGACGCAGCCCUUAUAGCGCCAUCGAAGAACAGAAGCGGCAGCAGGCCAACAACUAGCUGGGACAAGCCGCCGUACGAGACAACCUUGAAGAGGACAAGAUUCUGCACUAUCUGCAGGCAGUCGGGGCACAAGAGCACUACGUGCCCUGAUCGCCCAGCAGGAGCUGCGAAGCCUUGGAAGGAGGCAAAAUGCUCGAACUGCGGUCUGCCAGGACACCGUAAGACUAGCUGUAUCAAACAUGCAGCAGCUGUGUAG